AUGGGUUUAGUUGAAUAUUUUGGUCCAAUUCUUUUCCACCCCGUGUUUUAUUAUUUCCCAAAUAUUUAUGGAUAUGGUCCAUUUACACACACACAGACCCAGGAAUUUGCCUUUUGGAUGGUCAUAAUUCAUUUUGCCAAAAGAGAAUACGAAUGUUUAUUUGUUCACAAGAGCUCAAAGGGAAGCAUGCCAAUCUUUAGUGCUUCCAAAAGUUUGCUUCACUAUUGGGGAACAGCUGGAAUUUUCCUCCCUUACUUUCUUUAUGCACCCGCAAGUUCAUAUCUGAAUUCCAGAUACUUUUUCCAUGUCAAUGAUUUACCCGGCUGGCUCAACUAUACAUUGUUUGCGAUCUGGGCAUUUGCUGAGCUUUCAAAUCUCAAAGCACAUAGAAUAUUGGCAGAUAUCAGAAGCAAUGGUGAUAACAAGAAAUACGCCAUUCCAUUUGGUUAUGGUUUUGACUGGGUGUCUUGUCCUCAUUACCUUUUUGAAUCUUUGGGUUGGUUCACAUUUUCUUUGUUAGUCGGUCAUUGGUCUGCUUGGUUCUUUUUCAUUACUGGAACUGGCCAAAUGGUGAUCUGGGCAGUGCAAAAGCAUAAUUGGUAUUUGCAGAAGUUCGGUGAUGAUUACAAAAAGUUGAAAAGAAAGAUUUAUGUGCCAUACGUUUUAUAG